AUGCUUUCCCUGCUGAGUCGGUCACUUGCAGCCUCCAACCCGUCCAGCCUGAACAUAAACACCAAUGGCCUAGCCCGGAGGGACCGGGUAGAUGCAGCACACAUCUGCCAGACCGACUCAGAAUUCUCUCCUGUCUCACAGCCCUGCAUCAAAGUUCAAGUUUCGUUCGUCCCUCCCCAAGGACCCCUCCGAAGAGGAUCCAUCGUCCCAGCCAGAAGCCCGGUGCUGUCGCGUAGUUGGUCGAGCCAAGCCACCGAGAGACCAUGGAAUCCACCGGCGGAGCGGCGCCGUUCCAUAGACGAGGGUAUCCUAUUGGAUAUGAUUACACACGCAACACGUGGUGUAUCAUUGAUGCCGUUCAGCAGUUACCCAAACUACUUCCAUCCACAACCUGGGAUCAAUGAUGAUAACGAUGAGAGAACAGUAUAUCUACGCCCAGACUGGGGUUUGGGCAAUUUAAAUCAUCACAGCACGGACAAUCUGCAAGCAGCCGCCCAUCACUGGAAUCCAGCAGUCAAGGCCAAAUCCAUAGCGUAUGCACCUCCCCGUGGUGGCACAAGCGGCAGAGAGCAACGCAGCAAAUGCCCCCAGCAAACGAAUAACAGCUGUGGCAAAAAGAAGCCUCUGUGA